CUGUCAUUGUACGACGCCAUCAUGUUGGGAAGCGGGAUGAAGCUGUGGCCCGGGGGGCCGGCUCCUGGAGAGCUGCAUUCCUUCCCCGGGGCGGCUCCGGUCAGACAUACCCUGAACCCUAUGGUGACGGGAACCUCUGUGCUGGGGGUGAAAUUUGAUGGGGGAGUGAUUAUCGCGGCGGACAUGCUGGGUUCCUACGGGUCGCUGGCCAGGUUCCGGAACAUCUCCAGGAUCAUGAAAGUGAAUGAGUCGACCAUCCUGGGGGCUUCCGGCGACUACGCCGAUUAUCAGUACCUCAAACAGGUCAUCGACCAGAUGGUGAUUGACGAGGAGCUGGUGGGGGACGGGCACAAUUACAGCCCCAAGGCCGUUCAUUCGUGGCUCACCCGCGUCAUGUACAACCGGAGGAGCAAGAUGAACCCCCUGUGGAACACCGUGGUCAUCGGGGGCUUCUACAAUGGAGAGAGUUUCCUUGGAUACGUCGACAAACUGGGCGUGGCCUUCGAAGCACCAACGAUUGCUACGGGCUUUGGCGCGUACCUGGCACAGCCGCUGCUGAGGGAAGUGACUGAGAGGAAAGCGACGCUGAGCAAGGAGGAGGCGCGGGCGCUCAUAGAGCGAUGCAUGAAGGUCCUGUACUACCGAGACGCCCGAUCCUACAACCGGUUUGAGAUCGCCACGGUAACUGAAAGCGGAGUCGAGGUCGAGGGGCCUUUGUCGUCAGAAACCAACUGGGAAAUUGCUCACCUCAUCAGCGGCUUCGAGUGACCCCGGGCACGCGUUUCGCUCCAUCAUCACUUUCUUAUUGGUUUUUUUUUUCCUCUCGCUUCUUUAACGACAUUGGCUGUUUUGUAAAUGAAUAUUAAAUAAUGGGAGAUGAUUGGCUCCUUCCGUCAA